AUGGCGUCUGGCAACGUCACUUCUUGCACAUUUCCCGCGAUCGCGGCGUGGAAGCCGCUCGGAAAGAGUGGCAAACAGAUGCCCAUCGAGUAUCUUGGAGUCUUCAUUCCGAGUGGCGGGCAGGACGGUCGCGCUCUCAUGGCGGAGGUAGUGCCGGCCGACAAUUCCACGAACACUGCCCCCGCCGUCCGCCUUACCCUCACACCGUCAACCGUGCUCGGUAAUUCCAUCGGGCAAAACAUCAGCGUAAUCAUCACUGCUGACAGUAUCAUUACGUUCAACCACCAUGAGUCGUCCGUCACGGAUGUAGUCCCUGCUACCAUCCGAAAACAAGCUAGCAAGCGCCUGAAGGAAGACCUGAAAAUGCCGCAAAUUAGCACGGAGAAAACCUUGGACAAUGUCAGCAGCCUAAGCUUGAUUCUCAAAAAGACACCAAUCGUUUCCCUCCCCCGGAACAAAUUGCUCCUCACUGAAGCUUCGGAGCUAUUUCGAGUACAGGCCAUGGAGUCGCUCUCGAGUGGUACUUCGAUUACGCUAUAUUUCUUUAGGGACGAUGGCGCGACCUCUGCGCUGCUCAACUUCUACAUCUCAAUGAAGAAAAGUGGCGGUAGCUGCAUUGGAGCUGUGCACACUCCUACAACACACCUUACCUUCGAAAAGGCUUCGGAUGCCUCAUGGAGUCAAUACAGCGUCGUUUCAAAGCAAAGCGCCAAGAAGUCAAAGAAAAAGCGAAAGAAUCAGAGUGGGGACGGAAAUGACGACAGAAUCAAGCGGGCCAAGGGAAAUGACUCACCAAACAAGCUGGACGUGGUCCCCCAGUUGGAGGCCAGGUCAGAGCCUCGCACUGGUAUGCCUGACAGGACUGGCCGUCAGAUGCCUGCCGCAGCUGGCAGUACCGCUUCCCUCCUCUCGCCUAUGACCUCAAUGCACCUCUCUCGCGCUGAGCAUGACAAGGAGCGUGAAUCUCGCCGUGGAGGACGCUCACACAGUGUUAGCGCUACUUCACGCCGCACGCGCUGCCGUUCGCGCUCCCCAGGCGGUGCCCGCUGGCCUUACGACGAUAACUCUGUCCGCAAAGGUUCGGAUUCCAAGAAUUCCACCUCGCUUUACCACGACGGUAAUGCUGGUCGCCUCAGCUACUACUCUCAUUCUCGCGAUGACUUGGAUCGUUCUCUUAGCCCGUACAGUAAACGCGCUGUCCAGCACGGCAUCCCUGCUGUUCCCAGCAUCAUGAAGUUUGGCGCACCGGAUCUGCCACAGAGGGUUGUCAGCACUUCGUAUAUACCUGACAAAACUUUCAACCUUCGCAUCGACACCCGUAAAGCCAACGGCGUUAUUGAUGGUGUCUCCAAAGUUCGUUCCGACCCGCAGUCAUCCAUUGUACUGGCCCAGAAGCCAUUGAUAAGCAACUCCCGCGAAGACCAAGACCCGCCACCGACCCCAAUUAGCCGUCAACGUCACGAAGAGGCCGACAAAUUCCUGGACAGCGUAGCCCAAGCCAUGAAUACAACUGCGGUGGAAGCUUCUUCCGCUCCUACUGUCGCCGAAGAUUCCAUAAAUCUUGACUACGGUCAGCGUGGUAGCAGUGCUAUGCCCACUUCUACCCGCGACCAAACUGCGCGUGCUCUCCCUGCAGCUCCGAGCGUCGCUUGCGAAAGUGCCACUGGCGGAGAUCUCGCCAGCGAAAGACAGCACCAAGUCCCGAGCAUGGGCUCUACAUCCAUGGCUCCCGUCCACAGCUCAGAUACCCCUACCAUGCCCGCUCCUGAUCUCGCCAUCACCGCUGAUCAGGGAACGAACAACCUCGCUCCAGUCGACCUUGUCAAGCGCUGGCGCGUGUACCACGAUAUGGUACUCACCCACCCCAGCCUGGACAUGGACUCAAUGGUGGCGGCCCAGCAAGAUCUCGCCGCUGGACUGCGCGCCGCCCGCUUGGGCCAUGAAGGGUCGUUCAAGGAGAGGAUGGCUGAUGUGUUCAUGCGGGUCCACGGGCCAAGCGAUGUGGUUAUAAAGGAGGAGGACACUGAUAGUGCUGCCGGACCGAUCGGUUAA